AUGAAAAUAAAAAUAGAAUUAAAAUUUUUGGGAGGAUUAGAAAGCUAUUUAGAGAACAAGUCCAAAAACGUUGUAUCACUUGAAAUAGAAUCAGAUGAAUUUAAUUUUGAAAAUUUAAUUGCCUACAUAAGGAAUAACAUAAUUGUAGAAAGAAAGGAUGUUUUUUCUGAUUUUGUGAUAAGCGAUAAUGCGAAAUUUUGUAAAGUGAUGGUUGAUGAUAGGGAAUACUCUAAUUAUAAUUUAAAUGAUAAGGCAAAAAUAAAACCAGGAGUAAUUGUGUUAGUUAAUGAAUAUGACUGGGAAAUUUUAGAUACUUAUUCCUACAAAAUUAAAAAUGAUGACAAAAUAUGUUUUCUAUCAACUCUGCAUGGAGGUUGA